AAUGUGUUAUUGUUGCGCGAUUUUGUCAUUCUCAUACUUUUCCAUAGAACCGUACAAUUAAAUAGGUUCUUGUAGCGUGGAACUUAGUAGAUUCUUGUCUAUUCUAGUGUGUAACCAAACAGGACAGAUCCCUGACUUUAAGCUUCGAUGUAAAAGUUCUUGUAUCUGCUAAUCUUAGUUAAAUUCAGCAUUUGGUCGUAUGGUGCAGCACUAGUCCGGGAACAACCAGGUCCAUAAUCCACUCUCAUUUCCUCUCUGAUCACGCAUGCGGAGAAUACAUUUUUCACAACUAGUCACGACUCAAUUUUCAGACGAUUUUCCCUAGCGAGUCUGGAGAUCUAUUUAUAUGGUGGUAGUCACGACUUGAUUUUUGGACAGUUUUCCCUAGGUUUCGCUAUAUGAAUAUAGAGACCUCUAUAUAUAAUCUUGACUACAACCUAUAUUUCCACGUCCAUGAUAGUUAUUCAUUCUUUUGCACCGAUUAAUUCAUAUCUCAUCAACUCAACAAUGACCAAAUCCAAGACGGUAAACCAGCUAUAACUUCGCCAGUGCGUGAGCUAAGAUUGGCUCAUAGAAACGGCUCAAUGCAAAGCCCGAAGCUGUAGUUGGGCGACCGCAACGCCAUUCUCUGCCAAUUAUUACGAAUCUAACCACGCAAAAGAUAGUUAUAUAUUCGUAUGUGUAGUCAAAUUUAGCGGGAGUUUCUCAGCACGUGAGAUAUUCAUAUAUUUUAUUAAAUUCGUUUUCUCCUUGAUUUGAAGUUGUUUUUUAAUAAAUAAAUAUUAAAAGUUACUUUUAAUCACUUCUCGAAAUGGAAAGUAAUAAUUGUGGCACAAAAAUUCUUAUUUCUAGCAAUACGAGUUUAGUUACAGGCAAUUCUAGAAGCAUUGUAGACAAUGUCAAAUUUAACAAUGAACCACUGGAAGAAUCUAAAAUAAAUCAAAAGAAAAGAAAACGACAGGAAAAAGCAGAAAACAAACAAUUAGCUGAGGAAGAAUAUAAUCAACAAAUUCAAGAACAACAAUAUAAACGAUUAAUGCAUUUGUUAAGUAGAAGUAAAUUUUAUGCUUCAUUUAUUGUUAGUAAAAUUGACAAAAGUUUGGAGAAAAAUGCUAGUAAAUCUAACAAAUCCACAAAAAGGGAUGGAAAGAAAAUACAGUAUGCAAAUGAAAACAUAGCACCAUAUGACAAAGGAAAAAAAAAAAAUAAUAAUACCCAAAAAUAUAUAUCUAAAGAUGUACAAAAGAAAAUACAUAUAAAUAAAAACAAGUUAAAUUUAAGUGAAGAUGAAACUGAAAAUGAAUUAAAAAAUGAUUUUAAGGGUGAAACAGAGAAUAGCAACAAUGUUAUUAUUGAAACACCAAAAUAUUUUAAAGGAGAGUUACGAGACUAUCAGAAGGAAGGACUCCAAUGGCUAAAAGUUCUUUAUGAAAAUGGUAUAAAUGGAAUUUUGGCUGAUGAAAUGGGACUUGGGAAAACAGUUCAAGUCAUAGCCUUACUGUGUCAUCUCAUUGAAAAACGGCAAGGUGGACCGUAUUUAUUAGUUGCUCCUCUCUCAACUCUACCAAAUUGGAUGUUAGAAUUUGAAAAAUUUGCACCAAACUUGCCCAUUGUGUUAUUUCAUGGAACACCAGAGGAAAAAUUAAUACUAAGGAGCAAAAUUAAACAUAAAUAUAAGAUUACAGAAACUUAUAGUACAUUCCCAAUUGUACUUACAUCUUUCGAAGUGCCAUUACUUGAAAGCAGUUUUAUUAAAUCUUUGAGCUGGAGAUAUAUAAUCAUAGAUGAAGGACACAGAAUUAAAAAUCAUGAAUGUCAACUUAUAAAGAUUUUAAAGGCUUGUAAAUCCAUGAACAGACUUUUAUUAACAGGCACACCACUACAAAAUAAUUUAGCAGAACUGUGGUCAUUGUUAAAUUUUUUGUUACCAGAAAUUUUUGAUGAUUUAGCUGUUUUUGAAUCAUGGUUUGAUGCAAAAAAACAUCAGGGUGAUGAAGGAACAAAAAAAUUCUUAAAGUUAGAAGAAGAAAAACGAGUACUGUCAUCAUUACGUGAGAUAUUACAACCAUUUCUGUUGAGACGUGAAAAGAGCGAGGUUUGUUUGGACAUACCGCCAAAAAAGGAAUUAGUUGUUUAUGCCCCUCUGACAGAAUUACAGCAUAGUUUAUAUAAAGCAGUAUUAAAUCAUGAUAUAGAUCAAUUAAGCAAGAUUGAGGAAGAACCGAUUAUAUACACAGAAGAUGGUAAAAGACCAAAAAGAAAAUGUGCCUUAAGAAAUAUGAAUAAUAUUAUGAGUACAUAUCUUGAUAAUGACGUCUCAUCAAAUAGUUCACUUCAACAAAUUGAUGAUAGUGGAGACAGUGAAACUUGGAUAAAUGUAAAAUCUGGAAAUGAAGAAAAUUUAUUAAUGUGGAAAAAAUACACUGAUGUUACAGAGCGUAAUAAAGACUUCUUAAUUAAUGUUCAGACUAGACAUAGUCCAGAUUUCUUGCCACAAAUAAAUGAAGAAUUAGUUAGAUCAUCUGGUAAGCUUUUAGUAUUAGAUGCAAUGCUUGCAAGACUUAAAAAAUAUGGGCACAAAGUUUUAUUAUUUUCCACCAUGACAAUGAUAUUAGAUGUUAUAGAAGAUUAUCUUUCAUUACGUGAUUACAAAUAUGUCAGAUUAGAUGGCUCUACUAAGCUUGUGGAUCGAAAGGAAAAUAUUCACAAUUUCAAUACAAAUCCUGAAAUAUUUCUAUUCCUUAUAUCUACAAGAGCAGGUGGCAUUGGAUUAAAUCUUGUUGGGGCAGAUACUGUUAUCAUAUAUGAUUGUGAUUGGAAUCCUCAAGCGGAUAUACAAGCUAUGGCACGUUGCCAUAGAAUAGGUCAAACACGUCCAGUAGUAAUAUAUAAAUUAUGUACCAAAGGAACUAUUGAUGAAGCAAUUAUUAAUCGCGCUGAUGCAAAACGCCUUCUAGAGAAAGUAGUAAUCUCCAAACACAUUCAGUCGAUAAAUGUGAAUAACAAAGCAGAUUUACUGAAGUUACAAAAACUUUUAGGAUCAAAAGAAUGUCAAAUAGUUGCAUCUGAAAAUGAAGUCUUUACGGAGGAAGAACUUAACAACCUAUUAGAUAGGAGUGACUUAUACAAAAAACAAGGAGAAACUUAAAUGCCUCAACUUCUUUCUUGAAUGGAUAAUACAGUAUAAAUAUAUAAGUUUGUUUUAGUUUCAUAUUAUUUUUAGUUACUAUAUAAUAUUUAUUUUUGUAUCAUUUGUCAUAUAAUACUAAGGUUUAUUUAAUGAUGUUUAAACAAAAA